UGGCGCAGUACAGACAACAUCAACACCACCGUCAUCGAAUGGAGAUAGUGAUCGAGAAUCCCUCGGAAUCGCAAUCGGUGACACCCAGUGCGUCUGGCCACGUGACUGUGGCUGCAGCUGCAGCAGCAGCAGCGGUGUCGGCCAUGUCCGAGACGGGAACGAUGACGACGGCAACAGCAGCAGCAGCAGCAGCAGCAACAACAAUAAUAACAACAACAACAACAACCACUACUACUACAACAACGUUGGAUAUAACGACGACAACUAAUGCGGCCGCAACUGUCGCGGCAACGGCAACGGCGACAACGACUACGACCAAUUUGAGUCAUAAUUUUCUACGUUCGCCACGUUGUAAUCCAAUUAUUUAUGGUGGCCAAUCCGAACAAGAUUAUUAUCUAACACAGAGAAGUCCUCGUCCAUUAAGUUCCAUCGAUGACUUUGAUAAUGGAACCACUAUGAGACGAGUCGAUAGAUCUGGAUUAUUAGAAAUUUCAAGUUUGGACACAUCGUCGUCACGUUAUCGACACUGCAGGCCAAUCGGUGCCGAGAGUAUAGCCGGUCAUGCUGGUACUCUACCUCGUCGAGUCGAUCGUUCUGGUCUUUUGGAAGCUCUCCCCGAACUACCCGAGAAUCGUAGAAGUUCUGAAGAAAUAUUAAGAAGUCCAUACGGUCUACAGGAAGUGACUAUGAUCAAGCCGGACGUUGUUGCACUCGUACGAUCCCCAACUUAUGAUUCUUCAACGAGAUUCUCUACGCCAUCGCCGUCCCUAUUACGUCCUACGGAAAGUCCUAGUCCAGGUACGAUCUCGAGAAUAUCACCAACGGCUAAUUUAACUCGUCGGGCCGACGGCGACUCUGUACCGAGUAACGAACGUACCCUAAGAUAUCGUUCCACGACCUCGGAUAAUACGUUUAUUCCUAUCGAAUCUUCUAUUGGCCUACCAACGAGAUACUCUUACACGGAUAAAAAGAAUUUUUCUUCGUGCGCGAGGAAGGAAGAUGAGAACGAGAUAGAUAAGAUCGUAUCUACCGAGGAACUGGAUACGAGCAAGGACGAGAGGGAUGAAACUAAUUCCGAAUUCUCCUCGAAAGAUGAGAAUAUUGAAAAUUAUGAUAAAGAUGAUAACGACGUACCAAGAGGGGAAAGGGCCGAGGCCGAAGGUUGCGAAAAUACAACUAGUGAAAAUCUCGAAGAAGGUAGAGUUUCGUUCAACAAUGCCUCCAACAAUAAACUCUAUCACAAUGACAACGUUCAAACGCUAACGGUGAUAAUACUGUCGGAACAGUUGUGAGGCCAAUACUCCUCGUCGUCCCCCUUGAACGAUAAUCCGUCCGAGAGACCUUGACUGGUUCCUUAAGGACGGGGGAACGUUUCUAGUGUAUUAUAUUUAAGUAGCGUGUGUGCGAAGGCUGACGAUGAUGCCACAAAGAGGCCAUACUUAAUGCAAACAAAAUAAACAAACAGACAAACGAACGAACGAACACAACAUAACACACGAAAAAUGAAACGAAAUAGAACGAAAAGUAUGAUCGACGAAUCUCGGACUAAAUAAAUAAAUAAAAUUAAUUAAUUAAAUGAAUAAAUAAAUAAUUAAAUAAAUAAUUAAUUAAAUAAUUAAAUAAAAAAGAAAACACUCGAUACAAGUGAAAAACACGAAGCAGCUCGAACGGAAGGAUCUCUUGCGUUUCUUGCGUUCUCUAGAUCGUCGGUAGUCGGGGUCAUUGAACGAGAGGUCAUCGAAUGACCUUACAAGUCUAUCGGCCUGUUUUCUAUUUCUUUCUCUUUUUUAUUUUAUUUUUUUUCUUUUCUUUCUUUUACUUUUUCUUUUUUCUUUUUCUUCUUCUUUUUUUUCUUUUUUUUUUCUUUUUUUUUUUUUUUUUUGUUUUGAAGAAAAGAAAACGAACAAAACGAAACGGAAAAGAAAAAAGGAAAACGAAAAGAAAAUAAAAAAAAAAGAAAAAAACCUUCGACGUUUUACGUGCCAUCUUCGUAGGAAUUCAUUUCGAUAUUUAAAAAUAAUAAUUGUUAGGAACGUUCUCCUCAGUCCAGACAUUCUCUUUUUUUCUCUCUCUUCGAUUCACGAUUAAGGUUGAUAUCAAACAGAUACGACGAGUCAUACUUAAAAUGUAAAAUAAUCAUGCGUAUCAGUCGAACUUCGUCGUGUCUUUCUCGUCUUGGAUGGACUCUGGAAAACAUUUUUACAUUUUUCGUAUUUUUAUUAUUAUUAUUAUUAUUAUUAUUAUUAUUAUUAUUAUUUUAUUAUUACGUUUUUAUUUUUUUUUAAUAAUUUUUUUUUACUAUUAUUAUUCUUUUUCCUCUCUCUCUACAGUAUUCGACUCUUCGUUAAACGUGUUUUAUUCGUUUAAAUACAGCAGAGAACGGAGCAACAAUCUCUCUUUCUGUGGCUCGAGAUAAAAAAAAAAAAAAAAAAAAAAAAAAAAAAAAAGACGGAAAGAAAGAUA